GGAAGGAACCGGCCGGCGAGCAGAACGAGGCGACGAGUGCUUGGCGUACCGGGCGUACGGUUUGUGUGGUGCGCGCUACCGUCGAGACAGGCUCGGAGACCCCGGAGAGAGAGAGAGAGAGAGAAAGAGAGUGCACGCGCGAUCGAGAAGCGGCCAGCGGCGCAUCUCAGAGUCGAGGGAGGAUAUAAGACCACGAGCUUGAGAGUCGAAAGGAGCGGUCGUAACCCCGCGCGAGCGACUCAACCCCAGCCGGUGAAAGGGGACGGUGGACGAGGAGUUUCUUUGGAGACGCGCGCAGCGUUAUAGGCGAAAAUGACGAUGGCAACCGAGACAGAGAACAACGGGCCCGAGAGCAAGGAGAUCAAGGACGUGAAGGAGAUGAAGGAGGCGCUUAAGGACGACGCGCCGCCGGACAACAAGCAGGAGGAGAAGGACGCGGCGGCGAAGAAGGACGAGACGGCCGGGAAGAAGGAGGACGACGCCGCCGCGGCCGCGGCCGGCGCGGCGACCGCGGCGCCGGCGAAGGCCAGCACUGUGCACCAUCCCGACUACGAGAAGGAUGUUGUUUAUCUGUAUCAGUUCCCGCGGACGCCGCUGCUGCCAUCCCUGUCCCCGUACGGUCUCAAGGUGGAGACGUGGUUGCGGUUGAACGGCAUCAAGUACGAGAAUGUUGAUCACAAGAUGAAAUUCCGCUCCAAGAAGGGCCAGCUGCCGUUCGUCGAGCUGAACGGCGAGGAGAUCGCGGACAGCACCAUCAUCCUGCGGGAACUGAGCCAGAAAUUCGGCAAGGACCUGGAUGCCGGUCUCACGUCCGAGCAGCGAAGCGUCUCCCACGCCAUGAUAUCCAUGAUCGAGAACCAUCUCGUCUGGGUUGUCGCGUGCUGGCGCACGAAGAACCUGGAUCAGGUGUUGAAGGGCUACAAGGUCAAUCUGCAGCUCGCCCUGGGAUCACGUAUCCCGAACGCUAUUCUGAACUUCUUCUUCAAGCUCACGUUCGGACGUAAGUUGGAUUGGUUGCAGGGCGCGAGGAAAGUGAAGGCUCAGGGGAUGGGCGUGCACAGUGCGGAGGAAGUGUCCCAGUUCGGCUGCACCGAUCUCAAGGUACUCUCGGACACGCUUGCCGACAAGCCCUUCUUCUUCGGAGACGAGCCGACUGCCAUGGACGUAGUGGCAUUCGCGCAUCUCGCUCAAAUCCUGUACAUCGACAAAGACACGCCGUACAGCCUGCGGGACUACAUGGUCGAGAACUGUCCCAACCUGGUUGGACAUUGCUCGCGCGUUAAAGAACGAUGUUUCCCGGAUUGGGACGAGAUCUGCUCCAGCCUGGACAUGAACACGCAUCUGCCGAAGCCGGAGAAGCGGGAGGAGAAGGAGGGCAAGGAGGAGGCGAAGGAGUCCAAAGAGUCCAAGGAGGAGAAGGAGGGCGACAAGGAGAAGGCGGACAAGGAGGAGAAGGAGGUCGAGAAGGACAAGGAAGUUGACGAGAACAAAGAAAAAGAGAAGGACGGCAAAUAAGCGGUCUCUCGUUGUAAAGGGAAGUAAUAUGUCGUUUUCAAGGGGAUUUAAAGGCGAAGAGUCGCGGAAGGUGUAUUGGCGAAUGAAUAAAGAUAGAGAGAAAGAGAGAGAGAGAGAGGGAUAGUUUGACGGCAAGAGUGUGUGUGCGUGCGUGCGUGUGCGUGCGUGGUUGCGUGAAUGUGAACGACGGAGACGCGAGGACGAUGUAGAAAGCACGUAUAGAAAUGAUGACCGGGACGGCGGAGGAGGGGGGGGAAGGGAGUUGCCGGAAGUGAGAGAUUGUUUGUUGAG